UUCGUUUCACAGUCGACCACAAACCGCGAAAAGAAAAUUCGAGUCAACCACACAAAUUAUAGGCAUCUCCAGCAUUAUUUUCACCUGGCCCAAAACAAAAUAAUAACUUGCCAUUCAUCAUUGGGCACACCUGGCACAACCUCAUACUCAUGCAUAAAGAACUACUUUACGCAAUGCCUCCCCCCCAAAACAUCGGUUCUUUACACCUGUCUGCCGCUCCUAACGUCACUGCUGAAGGUGACCUUACUUAAACCACCGCAUUCCCUUGACUCUUCCGUCAGCAGUCGCUCUCAACGCAAGGAAGGAAGGAGACCCGCAGAACCGCAACUGAUGGAGGAAAAUAAGUUCCAUCAAUGUCGUUCUCAGUGCUACCGGUUUUUCAAGGCGCUUUUGUGUGCGGUCGUGUUGCUGACGAUAUCGACGGCCAUGCAUUUUCAGUCCAUUGAGAGUUCAUUUCCCGGAGCCGGUUUUCAAACGGAGUUCUUGAAGAGGCAAAAUCCCGUUAAGAAGCUGGACUUGCCUUUACGAAAUUAUACAAUCCCAAGAUGUAAUUGUACCAGGGAGGGUUUCGACAUCAAGGGUCUUCUCACGGAGCAGCACGCGGCCAGAGAACAGCCGGAAGUCUUCCCAUCCUGGUUCCUGAACCGCUUUGACUUCGAGGGAGAAUCCACGUGUUCCGAUUUCUCCACUCAGCGCGGAAAAAAACAGCGAGUCCUUUCCUACUCUUACUACACAAUAAACGGGAGCCCGGAUUACUUCAGGUAUUUGAGUCAGCUGCACGGAACCGCCAAGGACGUGGAAAGAUUCUACCCCGGGUGGGUCAUGAGGAUUUACCACAACGUCACUUCCACGGACGCUUUCGGACACAGGGAGCUCUGUCGCCUCUACUGCGAGAAUGACCACGUGGAUCUCUGCCACAUCCACGAUCUCCCGCAACUUGGAAAUUUAAACAAGCGAGGCGUCGUGGGUCGGAUGUGGCGUUUCGCUGUGAUGGGCGACCCGACCGUGGAGGUUUUCCUCAGUCGCGACGCUGAUAGCUGGGUGCUGGCCCGGGAGGCGGCAGCCGUGAGCGAGUGGCUCCAGUCGGGUCGGUCUUUCCACGUAAUUCAUGACCACCCUGUACACAAAGCAUUGAUGAUGGCAGGUCUCUGGGGCGCCAUCAACAAAAACCGGAUUUUAAUGAGGAGAAUGAGGGACAGGAUGUUCAACAGCCCGAAGAACUUAGACAAAGCGUACGACCAGCGACUCCUUCUAAAUAUCGUAUGGCCUGUAGUAAAGGAAGACGUUGUGAACCACGACAGUUACACGUGCCUACACCCUACGCACGUCAACGCCAGGCCCUUCCCGACGAGGAGGGAGGACAACAAGUACUGCGGCUGGGGAAUCUCCAAGGGCGGCGCCAGUAGGAAGAUAGCGAAAAAAUCAUGUCCUGUCGCUUGCCGCCCGAUAGACCACCCCGAAUGGACCAAAUGCUGAGGAUGGCCGGAUGCUGCGUGAAGGGGGGGGAACACUGGUCCUCUUUAUCUCGCAAUCUUUAGACUUUUGUGUCAUCUCUG